AUAAAGCCUUACCCAAUUUCAUAGUGUCACUCAUGAUGUACAGCUUCAUGGGAGGGGGCCUAUUUUGUGCCAUUGUGGGGAACAUCUUGUUGGUGGUCUCCACAGCCACAGACUACUGGAUGCAGUAUCGUCUGUCUGGCAGCUUUGCCCAUCAAGGCCUGUGGAGGUACUGCAUGUCUGGCAAGUGCUACAUGCAGACAGACAGCAUUGCUUAUUGGAAUGCCACUCGUGCUUUCAUGAUCCUCUCUGCCAUGUCAUGCUUUGCUGGCAUCAUUGCAGGAAUCCUCUCCUUUGCCCACUUCUCAGCCUUUGAGAGGUUCAACCGCUCAUUUGCUGCUGGGAUCAUGUUCUUUGUUUCAACUCUCUUUGUUCUGCUUGCAAUGGCAAUUUACACCGGGGUGACGGUGAACUUCCUGGGCAAGCGCUUUGGUGACUGGCGCUUCUCUUGGUCCUACAUACUAGGCUGGGUGGCACUGCUCAUGACCUUCUUUGCAGGUAUAUUCUACAUGUGUGCCUACAGAAUGCAUGAGUGCAGAAGAGUGACUGGCCCGCGUUAAAGUAAACAGGAAAUAAUGUGUCAAGGGUGCAAAGGAUAUCAAUUCCCAUUCAAAACAAGAUAAUUUACUGUAAAAUAAUAAAAUUUGGAAUCUUGCAUUUGCACCAAACA